AUGUCACGGGAUGUUAAACUGGACAAGAGAAGGUCCCUCAGCCUCAGUCUCCUCUCACUGUCCUACAGUCAGCCUCACACGGGUCCCACAGUCAGCCUCUCACCGGGUCAGUCACAGUCAGCCUCUCACCGGGUCGGGUCAGUCAGCCUCUCACCGGGUCCCACCAGUCACAGUCCCAGUCAGCCCUCACCGGGUCCUACAGUCAGCUCUCACCGGGUCCUCACAGUCAGCUCCCUCACCGGGUCCCACAGCCUCUCACCGGGUCCUACAGUCAGCCUCUCACCGGGUCCCAAGUCAGCCUCACCGGGUCCCACAGUCAGCCUCUCAGCACAGUCAGCCUCACCGGGUCCUACAGUCAGUCUCUCACUCAGUCAGCCUCACCGGGUCCCACAGUCAGCCUCUCACCGGGUCCCCACAGGUCAGCCUCCCCACCGGGUCCCACAGUCAGCCUCACCGGGUCCUACAGUCAGCCUCACCGGUCCCACAGUCACUCCCCACCGGGUCCCACAGUCAGCCUCACCGGGUCCCACAGUCAGCCUCUCACCGGGUCCCAGUCAGUCACAGUCAGCCUCUCACCGGGUCCCACAGUCAGCCUCUCACCGGGUCCCACAGUCAGCUCUCACCGGGUCCCACAGUCAGCCUCAGUCCUCACCUCACCGGGUCCCACAGUCACCGGGCAGUCAGUCUCACUCACCCAGGGUCCCCAGUCAGCCCCUCAGCCUCUCACCGGGUCCUACAGUCACCCUCUCACAGUCAGCCUCCCCACCGGGUCCCACAGUCAGUCCAUCACCGGGUCCCCAGUCAGGGGUCCCACAGUCAGCCCCACCGGGGGUCCCACAGUCAGCCCUCACCCCACAGUCACCUGGGUCCCCCUCACCUCACCUCCAGGGGUCCUACAGUCAGAGUCAGCCCCCUCACCGUCCUACAGUCAGCCUCACCGGGUCCUACAGUCAGCCUCUCACCGGGUCCUACAGUCAGCCUCUCACCGGGUCCUACAGUCAGCCUCUCACCGGGUCCUACAGUCAGCCUCUCACCGGGUCCUACAUCGUUCCCUCAAUCCCAUCUCCACUAAGAUCCAACUACGUGACGUCAUCAGGCUUCACACGGAAACAAAGGCUAAUCUAA